AUGUCAAAUUUGACGUUCCUCAACGACGCAUCUGUACUACACAAUCUACGAUCACGUUAUGCCGCUAUGCUUAUCUACGACUAUAAAAAGUGUUUACCAGAGAAAGCGAACGAGAAAUAUGAUAUAAAUAGGAAAAAAAAAAAAAAUAAGAAGAAAAAAACAUACUCGGUCUUUCUGUGUAGGGGAUCAUCCGUAACAAAAGGCUUCGAUCUACAGGAUUCUGUCGCCCAAAUGUUUAUGGGCAAACGAAGAACCGAAAUGCCACCGCAUUUAUUCGCCGUUUCUGACGAAGCCUACCGUAAUAUGCUGCAGAAUCACGAGAACCAAUCGAUGCUUAUCACUGGAGAGUCGGGAGCCGGAAAGACGGAAAACACCAAAAAGGUAAUUGCUUACUUUGCCGUUGUUGGUGCCUCUCAACAGGAGAAAUUUGCCAAGAAAGAAGAGACCACCGAGAAAAAAGUCACUCUUGAAGAUCAAAUCGUGCAGACAAAUCCCGUGCUUGAAGCCUUCGGUAACGCAAAGACGGUCCGUAACAACAACUCGUCACGAUUCGGAAAGUUUAUCCGAAUUCACUUCUCGAAACAGGGACGUGUGGCAUCUUGCGAUAUCGAACAUUAUCUUCUCGAGAAAUCGCGUGUGAUACGUCAAGCGCCCGGUGAGCGAUGUUACCAUAUCUUCUAUCAGCUGUUCUCUGGAUUUGUGCCCACACUGUUGAAGGAUUACUGGUUCGUCGCUCAGGCUGAGCUGAAAAUCGACGGUGUCAAUGAUAAGGAAGAGUUCCAACUGACCGAUGAAGCCUUCGACAUUUUGAAAUUCACACCUGUGGAGAAGAUGAACUGCUAUAAAUUGGUGGCCGCAAUGAUGCAUAUGGGUAACAUGAAGUUCAAGCAGCGUCCUCGUGAGGAACAAGCUGAAUGCGAUGGCACCGAUGGUGAGCAGGACUUUAUAAGAUAUCGUGGUCCUUUUAAAAAGAGGCGGAAAAAGCUGCUGCCUAUGUAUGGUAUUGAGCCGGAAGAUUUCAUCAAGGCUCUCACCAGACCUCGUGUGAAAGUUAACUGGGCAGUUGGCGCCAUGGCAAAAGGUCUCUAUUCGAGAAUUUUCCAUUGGUUGGUCAAGAAAUGUAAUCAGACCCUGGAUCAAAAGGGUAUUUCUCGUGACUACUUCAUCGGUGUGCUUGAUAUCGCCGGUUUCGAGAUCUUCGACUUCAACUCCUUCGAACAACUUUGGAUCAACUUUGUGAAUGAGAAACUGCAACAAUUUUUCAAUCAUCACAUGUUCGUUCUGGAACAGGAAGAACCACUGGGUAUUAUCUCGAUGUUGGACGAGGAAUGUAUCGUGCCGAAAGCCACUGAUCUGACGUUGGCGCAGAAAUUGACCGAACAACAUCUUGGCAAAGCAUCCAAAUUUCGAGAAACCCAAACCGCCAAAGGGCAAACAGCUAAAAACUCACUUCGCUAUCGUCCAUAUUACGCCGGUACCGUACGGUACAAUGUGACGAACUGGUUGGAGAAGAACAAGGAUCCUCUGAACGAUACCGUAGUACAAGUGAUGAAGAACUCGAAAAAGAAUGACCUUCUCGUCGAAGUCUGGCAGGACUAUCAGACAAUGGAGGAGGCCGGGCAAAAAGGUGCCACCGCCAUGUUGGCUCGUUUGGUCAAAGAGAAGAAGCUGGCUGAAGAACAUUUCCGCGUUGGUCUCACAAAGGUCUUCUUCAAGGCUGGUAUUCUUGCUCAUCUUGAAGACGUACGUGAUAUUCGUCUGGCUGAAUUGAUGACCGGACUUCAAGCUCAAAUCCGUUGGUACUAUCAAGUGAUCGAGAAGAAGCGUCGCAUUGCCAAGAUCGAAGCGAUGAAAGCCAUUCAGAGAAAUGUCCGCAACUGGGCCAUGCUUCGUACGUGGUCUUGGUUCAAGCUGUACGGCAAGGUGAAACCACUGAUUCAAUCGGGCAAAAUCGAGGAACAAUACGAGAAACUGCAAGAGACGGUGGCAAAUCUCAAGGAGACACUCGAGAAGGAAGAAGCAUUGAAGGCUCAGCUGACUGAAAACGCCGAGCGACUCAAGCGAGAGACGGCUGACUUGUUGGCACAGCUCGAGGCUACUCGUGGAACAAACACGAAGGUAGCGCUGGAAGCAAAAUUGGCUGAUGCCAAUGCUCGUCUGGAAGCCGAAGAAACCACGGCUGUUCAGCUGCAGAAGGAGAAGAAACAAGUAGAAGCGGAAUGUGCCGAGCUGAAAAAGCAAUGCCAGGAUAUCGAUUUGUCGCUGCGCAAGAGCGAAGCCGAAAAGCUGGCCAAGGAACACCAAAUCCGUUCGCUUCAAGAUGAAAUGCGUCAACAGGAUGAGGCCAUUUCUAAGCUGCACAAAGGAGCGCAAAAAUCAGGAGGAGACCAACAACUGAACGAGGACCUUCAAGCAGCCGAAGAUCAGAAUAUGGCGUCGAACAAGCUGAAAUCUAAGCUCAUGCAGACGUUGGAGGAAUCAGAGGCCACCCUGGAACGUGAAAAGCGAAAUCGCGCCGACAUGGAUAAGGCGAAGCGAAAGGCUGAAGGCGAUUUGAAAAUCGCUCAAGAAGAAAUGGAAGAGCUGUCAAAGGCGAAAAGUGAUGUGGAGAACGGUCUUCGUCGUAAGGAAACUGAACUACAUAAUCUGAGCAUGAAGCUCGAAGACGAGCAGGCAGGUGUCGCCAAACUGCAGAAGUCCAUCCAGCAGGACGAGGCCAAGAUGAAGGACCUCAACGAUCAGCUAGCCGACGAAAAGGUAUUCAUGGAUUUGAAGGCGCCCUCCCCGCCCCCAACGGGUUUGCAAAAAAGCAAAAAAUUCGGUGCUCGCGCCGAGCAACAGGCCGAAUACGAUGACCUCACCGAUCAACUGGACGAGCAGUCUCGCGCCACUGCGGCUCAGAUUGAGCUAGGAAAGAAGAAGGACAUGGAAGUGGCCAAACUUCGACGCGAUCUGGAAGAAGCCGGUCUGAAAUUCGGUGAGCAGUUGGCCACAUUGAAGAAGAAGGGUGCCGACGCUGUGCAGGAGCUGACCGACCAAGUUGAGCAGCUGCAAAAGCAGAAGAACCGUUCCGAGAAGGAAAAGGCACAGACGCAACGCGAAUUCGACGAGGCCUCCGCUGCCCUCGACCACGAGGCCAAGGCCCGUGCCGAACAGGAACGCAUCGCUAAACAGCAUGAGGUGCUCCUUCUGGAACUUCGUCUGAAAUCCGACGAACAGUCCCGUCAAUUGCAAGACUUUGUUUCGGCCAAGGGUCGUCUUUAUUCCGAAAACUCGGACUUGGCUCGUCAAGUUGAAGAGCUCGAGGGCAAAAUCCAGGCAGCAACACGUCUGAAGCUCCAGUUCUCCAACGAACUCGACCAGACCCGUCGUUUUGCCGAAGAGGAGGGCCGCGAGAGACAGAAUCUGAACAGCUUGUCCAAAAACCUUGCCCGUCAACUCGAGCAACUGCGCGAAGCCAUCGAAGACGAGGUGGCCGGCAAGGCUGAAUCGACCAGACAACUACAGAAAGCCCAAGUCGAAUUGGAUCAAUGGAGAACGAAGUUCGAAACCGAGGGACUCAUCGGAGCUGACGAAUUUGACGAGGUGAAGAAACGCCAGAAUGCCAAGACCACCGAGAUUCAGGACUCGCUGGAUGCCUGCAACGCCAAGAUCGUCGCACUGGAGAACGCCCGCAGUCGACUCACCGCCGAAGCUGACACCAACCGCCUUGAGGCCGAACAUCACGCUCAGGCAGUAGCAUCACUGGAGAAGAAGCAGAAAGCCUUUGACAAAGUCAUUGAUGAAUGGAAGAAGAAGGCUCGUGACCUUUCCGAUCAGCUCGGCGAAGGCGGCCGUGCCAUGCACGAGCUUUCAAAGAAAAUGCGUUGUUUCGAAAUGGAGAAAGAAGAACUCCAACGAGGACUUGAUGAAGCUGAGGCGGCUCUUGAAGCUGAGGAGAGCAAAUCGCUCCGUUGCCAGAUCGAAGUCUCCCAAAUCCGAGCGGAGAUUGAGAAACGUAUCGCUGAGAAGGAGGAGGAAUUCGAGAACUCGCGUAAGGUUCACCAGCAGACCAUCGACAGCAUUCAGGCUACCCUGGAAUCAGAGACGAAGUCGAAAGCCGAGUUGUUCCGUGUAAAGAAGAAGCUCGAGGCUGACAUCAACGAACUCGAAAUCGCUCUUGAUCAUGCGAAUCGCGCCAACGAAGAUGCUCAAAAGAACGUCAGAAGAUACAUGGACCAGACUCGUGAAUUGCAGCAGACCAUUGAUGAAGAGCAAAAGAGGCGUGAGGAAUUCAGGGAGCUGUUGUUGAGCUCAGAACGUAAACUUGCUGCUGCCAAGCAGGAACAGGAAGAACUGAUCGUCAAGCUGGAAGCUAUUGAACGCGCUCGCCGUGUGGUCGAACAGGCAGUGAAGGAACACCAAGAGCAGAACAACGAGCUCAACUCACAGAACUGUGGUCUCGCAGCCGCGAAGAGCCAACUCGACAACGAGAUUGCACUCCUCAAGAGCGACAUCGCUGAAGCUCAAAUGGAACUAGCGGCUUCUGAAGAACGCGGACGUCGCGCCGCCGCCGAUGCAGCCAAGAUGUCCGAGGAUCUCAGAGCAGAGCAGGAACACUCGCUCCAGGUUGAGCGUUACAAGAAGCAGCUUGAGAGUCAAGUGAAGGAUAUGCAAGAGCGUGCCGACAUCGCCGAAGCGGCGGUGAUGAAGGGCGGUGCCAAGGAGAUCAUGAAGGCUGAGGCUCGUCUGAAGGCGCUCCAAGGCGAUCUGGAGACCGAAGACACGCCGCGCGACGGAAGCGGCGAAAUCGCUUGCCCGAGCUGA